AUGAGCUCUGUUUUGGACGUGGGAGAGCAAGCCUUUUUAAGGUUGGACGGUUUUGAUCCCAGCUGGCGACAGUCCCUGGUUGUGGUCAGUCAUCGAAAGCGAAACAAAUUGGUGUGCAUCGUUAGAGUGUUGGAUCAGGAGAUCUCAGGGAUCCACGACCAGGUGACUUUCUUUGAGCUAGGUGGCAGCAAAUAUAUCCUAGUCGAGGGUCGGCCUGAGCAGCUGAGAGGAACUUGCUCCCAGCCGCACAGGGCAUUAGAGCAGAAAACGGACAGGUUGUUGGCUCGAUGCCAGGAGGUGCUGGAGCAGGACAGUCUCCUGUACCUGACUGCAUCAGAAGAUGCGGAAGACUUUGCCCCAAAGACAAAGACCAAGACCAAGGAACUGGACUCCUCUUCAGAAGACAGCUCAGACCAGGAUUUGAGCGACGAGGAGGAUGCAGUGCUUCGACUCUUGGGCAAAGCCAGCAAGAGCAGGCAAGACACUGGUAUCGCCAAAGGCUCGAAAGAAAGAAGCGCACCAAAGGAGAGGUUCCCGCUGCUAAAGGGAGAAAAGGACAAGGAAGCGGAAGCUGUAGACUUAGACAAGUUGCUUGCUCAGGCUUUGUCGACCAGCAACCCAGCGAGCUCCAGCACAGGGCUCAACACCCUCAUAUCGCUGGAGCUGCUCAAAGCAAUCAAGGGCAAAAGCAAGACCAAGCGGACCCAUAUGCUGGCCCGGGAGGACGAGGACACCCCAAGCAGUUCAGACGACGAUCAGGACGACAUCAAGCUCACCGGUGCCGGGAAGGCCCUCAGAAAUUACAGACAUGGCCACAAGAUGAUGCGCAAAAGGCCGCUACGACAUGUACGUCGUUACAUAGAAGAAAUCGAGAGCGUCAUGGGAGUGAGCCCAGAAGUUCCUUACCGCAUAUCCGAUUACACAAAGCGAAUCAACUGGAACAAACAGAAGAGCCUGAUGCGAGUACAUUUUGCUGUGUCAGAGCUGCUGAAGUCGAUCCUCAAGGGCAAAAGCAACCUCGCUGCUCUGCAAGCGGUGCAGCUCUUGCGAGCCUGUCACCAGAGCAGCCUAGACCAAGGCAGCUGGAAAGCCGCCUCCUUGCUCCUUGGACAUCAAGAUCCGCUGGAGCGUCCAAGGUUCGGAGGAGAACCGGAUCAGCUCGAAAAGAUAGCAAGCUAUUUAAAGGCAAUGGACGACUUGGAAAAGCGCAGCAAGAGCAACCAGCCUUUGCCUCCAGAAGCAGAUCCCGCCAAGAAGCAGAAAGGAAAGGGCAAAUCAAGAAAAGUAGACACCUCCGGGGAAGCCGACGACCGGGUGUCACUGCCAGAAAAGGCCGCCAUCAUUGAUCCAAAGGAUCACCUGACGGGAGACAGGUUGCAAGACUUUCUGACAAUGCCUGAAUGGAGAAAACAGGUUGAAUUGGUGUUCUCUCCCGUCGGGCCCGAUGCUGUGCCAGCUGUUGCUGGAGCCGUUGAAACUUUGGCCACCGAAUUAGUGAGGGAAGGCCUCGCGACCAAAAAAGCUUUGCAGAAGUUAAUUGGCCUUUUCAUCCACCCGUUCAUGCACCGACGGGAAUGUAUGGGGCUUUUUCAUCAUGUUUACGCUUUCAUUGACCAGAUGCCCGACAAAGGGCUUCGAAAAUUGCCGCCAUAUGAUGUGAAAGAUGAGAUCCUCUCCGCGGCGCUAGUGCUGCCUUUAGCGGAGGCAUCUGCACGCUGGCCCGACCCCCUGCUCGAUGAGCAGGUUUUACAGGCGGUGCAAGUCAGACGACCAAUGCAAGUGCAGGUUUUAUUGGAUCUCAGCGGAAUGGUUCAGAUCCGUAAGCUUGCCACAUGUUGGGAGAACUUGAAAGUGUGGGAAGAACAGCGCGCUACGAAACUCAGGUUCAUGGGUAGAUGGUCAGUGGAGCGGUCUUUAGAGCACUACGUGCAACUCGCUAUGGCCACGCAAAUUCUCAACCGGUUGGCUCCAAGAGCAGUGUCGCGGCUGAAGGCUGCAAAAAGGUAUCCCACGGAUCCCAAUCUGCAGAAGUUUGCCAAAGCCAAAGUAGCAAUUCUAGAAUUAGAUGCGCAGAGUGAGCCGCUUCCAUUCUUGCCCGUGCAGAUUCAACCCAAUGCUAACCCCGCGCAGAGACCUGCAUCGGCUGCACGGCAAGUGGGAGAAGCCAGCGCAUUUUCAAGAUUUCGGAGUUUGCUACAACAUAGGCUUUUGGUUCGGCAAGUCACUCAUUUUCUUUGUCUCCUUGUGGACGGCGUGUUGGAUGAGCUAACUUACCAGCUUGAAUUUGCAAUUCGCGAAGCUUUGCCAUCCAAUUUAGAAGACGUUCGGAUGGGAGAACCGGAUCAGCUCGAAAAGAUAGCAAGCUAUUUAAAGGCAAUGGACGACUUGGAAAAGCGCAGCAAGAGCAACCAGCCUUUGCCUCCAGAAGCAGAUCCCGCCAAGAAGCAGAAAGCGUUCGCUGGGGCCAAGCCGGUUGAUGCCAGCCGGGUGUCACUGCCAGAAAAGGCCGCCAUCAUUGAUCCAAAGGAUCACCUGACGGGAGCGAUCCUCAAGGCUGCCAGGUGCAUGGAUGAGCACAACAUGCUAGUCUAUGGCCGCACUUUCCCCGUUGAAACUUUGGCCACCGAAUUAGUGAGGGAAGGCCUCGCAACCAAAAAAGCUUUGCAGAAGUUAAUUGGCCUUUUCAUCCACCCGUUCAUGCACCGACGGGAAUGUAUGGGGCUUUUUCAUCAUGUUUACGCUUUCAUUGACCAGAUGCCCGACAAAGGGCUUCGAAAAUUGCCGCCAUAUGUGAAAGAUGAGAUCCUCUCCGCAGCGCUAGUGCUGCCUUUAGCGGAGGCAUCUGCACGCUGGCCCGACCCCCUGCUCGACGAGCAGGUUUUACAGGCGGUGCAAGUCAGACGACCAAUGCAAGUGCAGGUUUUAUUGGAUCUCAGCGGAAUGGUUCAGAUCCGUAAGCUUGCCACAUGUUGGGAGAACUUGAAAGUGUGGGAAGAACAGCGCGCUACGAAACUCAGGUUCAUGGGUAGAUGGUCAGUGGAGCGGUCUUUAGAGCACUACGUGCAACUCGCUAUGGCCACGCAAAUUCUCAACCGGUUGGCUCCAAGAGCAGUGUCGCGGCUGAAGAGGGCUGCAAAAAGGUAUCCCACGGAUCCCAAUCUGCAGAAGUUUGCCAAAGCCAAAGUAGCAAUUCUAGAAUUAGAUGCGCAGAGUGAGCCGCUUCCAUUCUUGCCCGUGCAGAUUCAACCCAAUGCUAACCCCGCGCAGAGACCUGCAUCGGCUGCACGGCAAGUGGGAGAAGCCAGCGCAUUUUCAAGAUUUCGGAGUUUGCUACAACAUAGGCGCGUGCAAGUUGCCUGGCGCUCCAGCAGCGCCCAGGUGGCUGCUUGGACCACUAAAUGUGCUUUUUGUGAUUUUCCUCCUCCUCCCCGCCUCAUCACCAACGGUGGGGUUGGAAGCACUAUCAAUCCUUGCACAAACGAUUUUGCUGACUUGACCUCACGGUUGCAGAAGAACUUGAAAAGUAGUAUGGAAGUUUUCCGGUGCCAAUCCAGCAUUCUUUCCGGCUUUCCUUCCAGCUUUCUUUCCAGAAUUCUUUCCGGCAUUAUUGGCAGCAGUUUUGAUGGAGUUUUCUCUUUGGGAUGCUGA